AUGUUCACGUACAUGGUAUCUCUCACGACUGGAAGCCAAAAGAAUGCUGGGACAAUUGAUUACAUUUACCUGAAGCUGGUGGGGAAAGAGGGAGAGAGCGAACUGACUUUAGUGAACAAACACUGGUUUGAACAUUUGCACAGUGAAACGGUGGUUUCCAUUGAGAUCAAUGUGGAGGAGACUCUUGGAGAGAUUCUGCUGGUCAAACUGGAGAAGGACAGGAAAUUCCUGUUUGAUGAUCAAUGGUACUGCAGGUAUAUCAGUGUAACAGCACCCACUGGAGACUGCUUUGAGUUCCCCUGUUAUCGGUGGAUAUCUAAUGACCCGGUGGUUCUUCGAGAAGGCAGAGGUCGUUUGCCUCAGGAUGAAAAGCUCUCAAUACUGAAAGAGUACAGGCACCUGGAACUGGAAAACAGACAAAAACAAUUCAGGUAUGGGUGUUGGAAAAGUGAUUUCCCAAUGUGCAUGGUCUCUAAACUUCCUGUGGAUGUUCAGUUUGAUUGCAAAAAAUCAGUGGACUUCUAUUCGAGUUUUCUUGAAGUGAUGGAGAAUCUUGGUCUUAAUAAACUUGAGAAUUUGUUCCAGUCUUGGAAGAAUUUUGAAGAUUUUGAAAAAAUAUUCAUAACCAUUACCAUCAAGAACACAGUGCCAGAGCAUCUGAUGAAUGAAUGGACGGAAGAUGAAAUAUUUGGUUAUCAGUUCCUGAAUGGUUGCAAUCCUGUGAUGAUCAAAAAGUGCACAAAACUCCCCGACAAGUUUGUGGUAACGCAGGAGAUGGUGGAGAACUCCCUGGAUAGAGGAGCUACACUGCAGGGGGAAUUACAGGCAGGAAACAUCUACAUAGCAGACUAUGAAAUACUGGAGGACGUGCAACCCAAUGACACAGACUCCAGCACCCAGCAGUAUUUGGCUGCUCCCUUCUGCCUGUUUUACAAGAACAGAGUGAAUAAAGUCAUGCCAAUCGCUAUUCAGGUACCUAAGAUUCUAGGACAGAAGAACACAGUUUUUCUUCCCACUGAUAAUCAGUACGACUGGUUGUUAGCCAAAAUGUGGGUGAAAUCCUGCGACUACAACGUACACCAGCUGGUCACACACCUUCUCAGGACACACCUGAUAUCUGAGGUGUUUGCCAUAGCCAUGUUCAGACAGCUCUCUGCAGUCCACCCUGUGUACAAGUUACUGUUACCUCAUGUCCGUUUCACCAUUGAAAUCAACCAAUCAGCUCGUCACACACUUAUCGGUGACUCUGGGAUCUUUGAAAAGGUUAAUAGCACUGGUGGACGUGGAAUAGGACAAGUGAUCAAAAAAGCCAUGCAGACAUUAACCUAUAAAUCCCUGUGCUUCCCUGAGGCCAUGAAAACGCGAGGAGUUGACAACGAGAAGGAUCUCCCCAACUACUACUACAGAGACGAUGGCAUGAUGGUCUGGGAGGCAGUGAAAAGCUUUGUUUCUGAUGUGGUCAAGAUCUACUACAGUAGUGAUGUGGCUGUUCAGAAAGAUGAGGAGAUCCAGGCUUUUGUUCAGGAUGUUUGCUCCUCUGGUAUGAAGAGUUGUCCCAAUAAUGAGUUUCCAAACAUCCUGAAAACCAGGGUGCAGCUGAUUGAGUAUCUGACCAUCGUGAUUUUCACAGCUUCAGCACAACAUGCAGCAGUCAACUUUGGACAGUUUGACUGGUAUGCCUGGGUCCCGAACACUCCAUCCACCAUGCGGAAACCUCCUCCCACAGAGAAGAGCAAAGUAGACUUGAAGUAUAUCAUGGAGAGUCUGCCGGACCGCGGACGCUCCAGUUUGCAUCUAGGAAUGGUUUGGAUGCUCAGUCGAUUCCAGGAUAAAGAGCUGUUUUUAGGCGAAUAUCCAGACAAGUACUUCACUGAAGAACCAGCCAUGGAAGCAAUUAAGAAAUUCCGCAAGAAAAUAGUUGGAGUACAAGAAACCAUCAGCAAGCGAAAUGAAACUUUGAAACCACCCUACUUGUAUCUGUCUCCAGACAGAAUCCCCAACAGCGUGGCCAUCUGA